GACAGGGCACCCCGGGGCACCCCGGGCACCCGGGGCUUAAAGUUUGGGGGCGGGCACGGGGGGCUCCAAGAUGCCGUUCCACCCGGUCACCGCGGCGCUGAUGUACAGGGGCAUCUACACCGUGCCCAGCAUCCUCUCCGACCAGCGGCCCGUCGACAUCCCGGAGGACGAGCUGGAGGAGAUCCGGGAGGCCUUCAAGGUGUUUGACCGGGACGGCAAUGGCUUCAUCUCCAAGCAGGAGCUGGGCACGGCCAUGCGCUCCCUGGGCUACAUGCCCAACGAGGUGGAGCUGGAGGUCAUCAUCCAGAGGCUGGACAUGGACGGGGAUGGCCAGGUGGACUUCGAAGAGUUCGUCACGUUACUUGGGCCGAAGCUGUCCACGUCCGGAAUCCCGGAGAAGUUUCACGGCACCGAUUUUGAUACCGUGUUCUGGAAGUGCGACAUGCAGAAGCUGACGGUGGAUGAGCUGAAGCAGCUGCUGUACGACACGUUCUGCGCACACCUGUCCAUGAAGGACAUCGAGAGCAUCAUCACCAUGGAGGAGGAGAGCCACCUGGGCACGGCGGAGGAGUGCCCCGUGGACGUGGACACCUGCUCCAACCAGCAGAUCCGGCAGACCUGUGUCCGGAAGAGCCUCAUCUGCGCCUUCGCCAUCGCCUUCAUCAUCAGCGUCAUGCUGAUCGCCGCCAACCAGGUCCUGCGCAGCGGCAUGAAGUGAUGCGAGGGCCGGGGGCCGCUCACUGACCAGACCCCCGGACCCCUGGGACCCUCGGACUCCCCCAAUGCGCACACACACACACACACACACGCACGCACGCUGAUCGACGCCAAUCAGGUCUUUGCAGUGGCAUGAAGUGACAGGAGGGCCGGAGGGGCUGACCGACCGGACCCCGGGACCCUCGGACUCCCUACACACACACAAACACACACACAAAUACACACACCGAUGACCAUCAACCAGGGCCUGUGAAGCAGCAGCAUGAAAUAACGCGAGGGCCGAGGGGACCGGCUGACCAGAUCCCUUGACCCUAGGACUUUCCUAACACACACAUACAGACUUAUGGUCACCAACCAGGCCCAAGUGAUGUGUGGGCGAGGGCACAGGCCACAUUGGACCGCCCGAUAGCCCAGACACCCCCAACACACACACACACACAAAA